AUCAUUUUGUGACUAACGCACUCAAAUACGAUCCGUUACUCAUUCUAUAUUGACAUAGUUAUUCCGCGUUCAGUAACCACGCGUUUAAGUACCUAUAUAAUACUUUAUUUUUUGAUAAUAAAUCAUAAUAUUGUUAAAAUAAUACAGCUAGUACAUACUACAUUUACUUAUUUCACAUUUAUUAAAUUUAUUUAUUUAAUCUGUUUUUAACACGGUAAUCGCAGAUAAUUAUGUAUCCGGAAUUAACAGUUCCAGCUCAUCAAAAUGUUCAAUGUGUUCAAACCCCUGCAUAUCAAGCACCAUUCGGCCCUACUAGUGUCCAAACUACAUGCUCUUCAUGCGGACAGUUAGUAUUUACCAAUACUUCUAGAAAAGCAAAAGCUGCUGCUUGGUGGAGUUGUAUGCUAUUAUUUAUCAGUGGAUUUUUUUGUGGAUGCUGUUUAAUUCCUUGCUGCAUGGACUCGUGUAAUAUUGUCGACCACACGUGCCCAAAGUGUAACGCAUAUUUAGGACAGUACAGACCAUAAACUAUAGAUAUACUUAACGUAAUAAAAUAAUGUGAAGUUCGAAGUGUUUUCUAAAAUAAAUAAAUAUUAAUUUUAACGUUAUAAUAA